AUGGCAUCGUCGUCGUCUUCGUUGAAGAAAAUCCUACCCCCGACUAAUGGAAACCUAGUCACCAUUCUUAGCAUUGAUGGAGGUGGCAUUCGAGGCAUCAUUCCUGCCAAGAUUCUUGAAUUUCUCGAAUCCGAACUCCAAAAACUAGAUGGCGAAAACGCUCGAAUUGCAGAUUACUUUGAUGUAAUUGCGGGAACAAGUACAGGCGGGCUUGUGACAUGCAUGCUUACGGCUCCGGAUGCUAAUAACCGUCCAUUAUAUGCUGCUAAAGACAUUACUCCGUUUUAUGUGAAGAACGGGCCCAAAAUAUUCCCACAGUUGUGGGGGUUUUUCGGAGCAAUCGAAAGCACAGCUGCUCAAUUAGGAGGGCCAAAGUACAAUGGCAAGUAUCUGCACAAGUUGAUAAGGGACAAUUUAGGGCAAACUAGGUUGACUCAAACCUUAACAAAUGUAAAGAAUAUGGCUUAUAUGAACGCACUAUUAUCAGAUAUAUGCAUCGGCACAUCGGCGGCGCCGACCUAUUUUCCGGCCCAUCAUUUCACAAACGCUGACGCCUCCGGCCAAUCUCGGGACUUCAAUCUUAUUGAUGGUGGUGUAGCUGCUAAUAACCCGGUAAUUAAAUAUUAA